GGGAGGGUUAGAAUUCAAAUUUUUUAGUUGCACAAAAAGCACAUGGGCAAAGAAAAAAAAGGAAACAGGUGGUUUUGAGCAGUGCUUCCACUAGCUGAGUGUCCAAACAUCUACCUUGUUUUACCUUCUGUCUCCACCUCUCUCUUGCUCUGUUCAGGCGUCUCUACUCUUCGCAACACUCAGGUUCUCUCUUUAUACCAUGGUACCAUGUGAGGAGUAGUCUACGGAAAACUGGGUAUUGCAAGAGCUCCUACUUGUCCAGGUUGACAUCUAUCGAUUGCUAACAUGGAGGAUGAGAAUGGCCUUGAGCUUAGCCUUGGUUUAGGUUGUGGAGGAUCAUCUGCAAAAUCCAAAGGUAAAAAUGGCUGCUCAUCAGAAACUAGGACAGAAGAAGGUGAUAGAGGCAACAAAUUGGCAGAUGAUUUCAAAGACUUUCUUCAUGCUGGUAUCCAAAAGCAGGAUUCAAGUGCUGUGUCUCAAAUAAGUGAUUCAGUGAAACCUCAAGAGAACUUAUUUAAUGACCUGUCCAAGGCCAAAGCUGAUGCAAAUGCUUCAAUAAACUUGAACAAUAGGGGCCUUUGGGAUUCGAGCAGCAAAAGACCUUCUGAAGUUGAAGAUGAUAAAAGACCUGAGGUGGGAAACAAGCGAAAAAUUUUAUUUGAUGAGAUAAAUAAUCAGAAGAAGCAUGAGAGAGAUGCAUAUCACUCUGAUGUACAUGACAAGAAAGCGUCACAUAUUUCCAUGACAGAAGAUGGUUCUACUGCUGAAAAUGAAGAUGUGGCAGAGUCUGAAGUAGAGGGUUCAAGUUCACAGGUGGUCUCUCAUCAUGAUGAUGGCUCCAAGCGUUUUAUUGGAGCUGGUGGUCCUCAGGUUCCAAAGGAGGUUCAUGGGUUUUCUGAUUCCAAUGUCUUGCAAGGGCAAAAGAGGCCUAAUGGUUCAUCAGAAACUGAAAUUAAGCAUGGGAACUUGAAUUAUGGACUUCCGUUCUCCGUCCAACCUGCAAACAUCAUGAAUUUGACAUACUCGUUUCCUUUUAAGGAAUCUAACACUGUUGGUGUGCCCAGCUCAUCGGGCAAUUCUCUGCCAGCAAUGAUGCAGGUGAUGCCUACUUCAAGUAGUGAGCAGCGAACAGGGACUCAGACUGUGAGCCCUGGAAAUUUGCCUGUAAUGUUUGGCUAUUCAUCUGCUCAGCUUCCAACACUGGAUAAUGAUAACUCACAUGGCUUGUUCUCUCAUCUUCAACAGUUCCAGUCUUCCUAUGCUGGCAGAGGUCCAUCGAAUUCCGAUAAGCAAACUGAUAUAAUGAAGAUUGCUCCAGGCAUGCAAGUAAUUUCUCGAAAUUCAUCUGAAGCUACAUUGUAUGAUGGGAGGUCAUUAGAACGGGUCAAAGGUGAUGGCAAACAGCACAUUACAGAAGAAGGCUUCACUCCUCAGACUGAAGAUGAAGUAAGAGGAAGAAGCAUGAACCUUGGGGCAAAAGAUGCAUCUGGGCUAUCAACAGCAGAAGGUUUCUCCAUUGAUUUUUCUGCUAUAAAGCCAGGUGUUGCAUCAGACAUAAAAUUUGGAGGAUGUGGUUCCUAUCCAAAUUUACCGUGGGUUACAACCACAGGUUCCGGCCCAAAUGGCAGAACAAUUUCUGGUGUCACUUACAGAUACAGUGCAAACCAAAUCAGAAUUGUUUGUGCUUGCCAUGGUUCCCACAUGUUCCCUGAGGAAUUUGUUAGGCAUGCAAGUGAAGAGAAUGUUAAUCCAGACAAUGGCAGUGGAUUAGCCUCAUUUCCAAGUACUAAUCCUGCUGCCUCUGCUCAGAGCUGAAAAUUACCAUCUUUUUUCCAGCAGGAACAAUCUGAUUUGGCAUAUGGUCAAACAAAGGCAGGUUAUGACCUUUAUAUCAUAUACAAGUCUUCUCCUUGGUUUCUGUUGUUCUGUGUGCUUAUUUAUUUGCUUUUACCAACUUAGUUGCUGCAAUCGAAUGUUGCAGGUGUAUGUUGUAAUGUUGUAGUAUCCUUAAAUUUUGUUCCAUAAUAAUGUCAAAGCAGUUCAAUCUAAAAUUCCAACA